AGGACAGUGUGCCGCGAUUAGUAAACAUCACACUGAUGCUGGAUUGAUAAGCAUGGACCACAUCCAAGACACUGUUAAAUCGAAGGCAGAGGCCAUUAACGGGAUGUUCCAGUUGCUAAUCGAGCAAGUAGCAAUACGAUCGUGCAAGGAAGUUUCGCACAAAAGAUCUGCAAGAUAUGUCCUUCGAACGCACUUUGAAAGUGUUCCGUUCGUGGGAUAUUGCGUUGCAGACAAAUUUAACGGUGGCUGGUUGGUAAUUCAACACCGUAUGAACGGAUUGCUCAACUUCAAUCGAACCUGGACAGAGUACCGAAAUGGAUUCGGUCAUCCUGAUGGAGAGAUGUGGAUUGGGCUGGAGCGGUUGCAUCAGCUGACAUCGGUUCGUCCUUGUGAGUUAGUAGUGGAGGUGAAAGGAAAAAAUGGUGCCGUCUAUAAAUACGCUCGGUACAAGGAGUUUGCCAUAGAUAGUGAGGCAGAGCAGUACCGGCUGACCUCUUUAGGAAUCUACUCCGGAACUGUAGGUGACGAACUGUCGCACCAUAAAGGAAUGAAGUUUUCGACGCAAGACCGUGAUAACGAUAUGGCCGAUCACAACUGUGCCAAAGCUUGGAAAGGGGGUUGGUGGUUCAGAUCCUGCUUUCAUGUGUUUCUUAACGCACAACUUCAACAAGAACACACUCCUUAUAUUCGUUGGUACGACAUCACGUACAGUUAUUCUAGAAUGAUGAUCCGUUUUUUGGAUUAA